CGGGAUUCUGGCCAUAGCGCUGAAAAACUUGUUGUUGUCGGGGAAAAUGGCGUCAAACGUUGAGGCCCCGGAGCGCUGGUACCUCGCCCUUCUCGGCUUUGCGGAGCAUUUCCGAACGUCCAGUCCUCCCAAAAUCCGUCUGUGCGUGCACUGUCUACAGGCGGUGUUUCAGUUCAAGCCGCCGCAGAGGAUCGAGGCCCGGACGCAUCUUCAGCUUGGCUCGGUCCUCUACCACCACACCAAGAACAGCGAGCUGGCCCGCAGCCACCUGGAGAAAGCGUGGUUUAUAUCCCAACAAGUCCCUCAGUUUGAAGAUGUCAAAUUCGAAGCUGCCAGCAUUUUGUCAGAACUCUUCUGCCAACAGAAUUUGGUGGACUCUGCGAAGCCGCUCCUGCGCAAAGCGAUCCAGAUCUCCCAGCAGACCCCGUACUGGCACUGCAGGUUGUUGUUCCAGUUGGCGCAACUUCAUACACUGGAGAAAGACUUGGUGUCAGCAUGUGACCUGCUGGGGGUCGGAGCCGAGUACGCCCGAGUGGUCGGGUCGGAGUAUACCAGGGCCCUGUUUCUCCUCAGUAAAGGAAUGUUGCUGCUAAUGGAGAGGAAGCUGGGGGAGGUGCAUCCCCUGCUCACACUGUGCGGCACUAUUGUAGAAAACUGGCAGGGAAACCCGAUCCAGAAGGAGUCCCUCAGGGUCUUCUUCCUGGUGCUGCAGGUCACUCACUACCUGGAUGCCGGGCAGGUGAAGAGCGUGAAGCCGUGUCUGAAGCAGCUGCAGCAGUGCAUCCAGACCAUCUCCACCCUCCACGACGAUGAGAUUCUGCCCAGCAACCCGGCGGACCUCUUCCACUGGCUGCCGAAGGAGCACAUGUGUGUCCUCGUCUAUCUGGUGACUGUCAUGCACUCCAUGCAGGCGGGCUACCUGGAGAAGGCUCAGAAGUACACCGAUAAGGCUCUUAUGCAACUAGAGAAACUAAAGAUGUUGGACUGCAGCCCCAUCCUCUCCACCUUUCAAGUCAUUCUGCUGGAGCACAUCAUCAUGUGUCGGCUCGUCACGGGCCACAAGGCCACGGCGUUGCAGGAGAUCUCGCAGGUGUGUCAGCUGUGCCAGCAGUCGCCCAGAUUGUUCACCAACCACGCCGCUCAGCUCCACACGCUGCUGGGCCUGUACUGCAUCUCGGUGAACUGCAUGGACAACGCCGAGGCCCAGUUCACCACAGCGCUGCGGCUCACCACACACCAGGAACUGUGGACGUACAUCGUCACCAACUUGGCCAGCGUCUACAUACGGGAAGGGAACCGACACCAGGAGUUGUACAGCCUCCUAGAGAGAAUAAAUCCAGACCAUAACUUCCCAGUAAGCUCUCACUGCCUGCGUGCUGCAGCCUUCUACAUCCGAGGACUCCUGUCCUUCUUUCAGGGACGAUACAACGAGGCCAAACGCUUCCUACGGGAAACCCUGAAGAUGUCCAACGCUGAGGAUCUGAACCGACUGACUGCCUGCUCCCUGGUUCUGCUGGGCCACAUCUUCUACGUGCUGGGAAACCACAGAGAAAGCAACAACAUGGUGGUACCCGCCAUGCAGCUGGCCAGCAAGAUCCCCGACAUGUCGGUGCAGCUCUGGUCCUCGGCGCUGCUGAAAGACUUGAACAAGGCGCUGGGCAACACCAUGGACGCCCACGAGGCGGCCCAGAUGCACCAGAACUUCUCCCAGCAGCUGCUGCAGGACCACAUCGCCGCAUGCAGCCUCCCCGAGCACAACCUCAUCAGCUGGACUGACGGCCCUCCUCCGGUCCAGAUCCAAGCCCAGAACGGCCCCACCACCAGCCUGGCAAGCCUGCUAUGAGAAGAAGGGGAAAAAGAUAAAUAAAAAAAAAACUUGUUUCUGGCAGAAGCUGCUACGUCAUCAUCAUCAUCAUCAUCAUCGGGGGGGAAACAACAGAAGAAAAAGAAAAAAAACGCAACAGUUCGAAGCCUCGACCCGCCAUCAGACCGCUGCAGCCGCGGCUCGAGAGGAUGCUAACAGGUGACCGAUUUCCCGCCUCCACGUCAUUAGUUCCUCGAGAUUUGCUUCCCAACUGUCCGUCACGUCUUUGGCGACCGUUGUGCAUGUAUUUCACGGACGCACGCCGGGGGGUCCGGCUCUCGUGUCGAGUCGA